AUAACUCUCGAAAAAAUGGGAGCAGUGGCCCUAAACGGAUGCUCAGAAGGUACGAAUUUUUAAGAAGUACUUCUAGCAUACAAAACCUUCGAUUCUGAUUGGAAAAUUCAGUUUUCUGUUGCGUCUUUAUGAAAUAAAUAGCCAAAACUCUUAGGUACAGGGUACACCAGUUUGAUGGCUUAUAAUUUCCAAUCUGUUUCCUUUUUCCUGACACACAUAAUGUAUAAAACCUUGGACGCUUAAUGGUAUCCCUGGUGUCCAAUCAGCAGUUGCCAUCAGCCACUGAAGAUGUGUCGAAGGGAUAAGCCUGAAAGCCAGUAGUAUUAGUCAGAAGCCCGAGGACAGAGGCCAGUAUAUGAUGAGCGGGCGUUUGGGCCGCGUCCUGCACUUUCAUCUGCGUUUCUACCAGGUGCUCGGCUUCCAUGGCCUGCCUCUGCCAGGGGAUGAACGGCCGCACAGGACGCGCCAAUUGCUCCGAGCCUGGAGCCUGUUCAUCCUUAUGGGGUUGAGUGGAAUGGUAGCCGUGUGCCUGACCAGCGAUCUGGAGUUUCUCUAUAAGGGCGACCUGUUCGGCUGCGUGAACGAUGGCAUGAAGUUCAUAUUCUCAGAGCUUGCAGUGCUGUCCAUCUAUGCUGAGACGAUGGCCAGCCAGCGGCCCCUGGCCCGCUUCUGGUGGCUCCAUGGGAAGCUCAACAGGCAGCAGCAGCACGGCAGCAGGCGGCUGUCCCGGCCAGUCUCCAUACGCAGCGAACUACGUCAGUACCGACGCUACCUGAUCUCGCUGUACGGCAUCUUGGUGGGGGAGAUCCUCAUCAAUAUCUGGCUGUGGCAGGUGCAGCCCGCCGACAUGCACUUGAUACUCUUCUGGAGCACAUUCGAGCCGCUCGUUUUCCUCAUGUACAUGCGGAACGUACAGUUUGUGCUGCACAUGGAGCUGCUCCGCCAGCAGCUGGCCCAGCUCGAACGGGAGCUUUCCCUACUGGCAGAGUACUCGCGAUUUGCCAGCCUAACGGGUCGCAGCUUCAAGGACUUUGGGCACUUCCUGCGCCGCCGGCUGUUGCAGAAGCAGUGCGUCUACAACGAUGUGCAUGAGAUGUACACCUGCUUCCAGCGGGCCUUUCGCUUCUCCACACUGACCGUUCUGCUCUCGAUCUAUGUGCGGAUUGCAGUCGAUUGCUAUUUUAUGUACUACACCAUAUACAUAUCCGUUGCCAAUUUGGAUUACUCUUUGAUAUUGCCCGCCUUGUUCGAGAUACCCGCCUUCAUCUAUGCCUCGCAGAGCUGCAUGGUGAUAGUUCCACGGAUAGCCUAUCAGCUGCACAAUAUUGUCACGGAAACGGGAUGUUGUGGCUUUGCAGAUCUUUCCUUGCAGAUUCAGAACUUUUCUUUGCAAAUCCUUCAUCAGCCGCUGCGCAUCAAUUGCCUGGGCGUCACCAUCUUGGACUGUUGUCUGCUCACGCGGAUUGUCUGUUCGGUGGGCACCUACAUCAUCUACACCAUUCAGUUUAUACCAAAGUUUAGCAAUCAAUAA